AUGGCCCAUGUGAUCGACCCAAGCGGCGAGGUGACAAUCAUUCUACACAACGCCAAUGCUCCCUUUGCAAUCUGGAGUGCCCCUAUAUCAUCGGGUCCGGCUCGAAAAGCAGAUGACACGAAUAAAGGCGUUCGCAUCCGGGUAUCCGCCAAGCACCUGAUACUUGCAUCCCCGGUGUUUGAGAGAGCACUGACCGGUCCUUGGAGGGAGAGCAUCACUUUGGAUCAGGAGGGCUCAACAGAGAUCACCGCCGAAGGUUGGGAUAUCGAGGCGCUAUUGAUUUUUCUUAGAGUCAUUCAUUGCCAAUUUCAACUUGUACCCCUGGACUUGAGUCUUGAGGUUCUGGCAAAGGUCACUGUAAUAGCAGACUACUACGGAUGCCGAGCUGCAUUGGGGUUCUUUUCUUGCGUCUGGGUCCAGGACAGCAUCAUACCGAAGACUUACUCACGAGACUUGAUGCUAUGGGUAUGGGUUACCUGGUUCUUCACCUUGCCAGAUCAGUUCCGAGGUGCUACGUCAAUUGCCAUGUCGCAGUGUAGUGGCGAGAUCUACUCCCUCGGACUUCCAAUCCCACGGGCGGUCAUAGAGCGGAUGAAUGCGGUGAGACAAAGUUCCAUCCAGUCGCUACAUGGCCUACUCGAAGGGCAGGGUGCAAAGAUUCUUCAUGGCGAACGAGGUUGUCAUUUUGAGUGCCGUGCAAUGCUGUUUGGGGUUCUUUCAAUGCAUAUGCACGACAACAAAUUAGAUUGGCCAGCGAUCCUGGGGCAAAGCUACGAGACAAGUGCACGAGCAACAGAAACCGUUCGACGACCAAGAUGGCGGGAACCAUGUUCCGAGGGCAGCAGUAAUACGAACAACCGUCGCCUGCAUAACUGUCCUGACUGCAAUUUCACCCGCCUACUGGGCCCCGUGGAGCAGAGCGUCCAAGGUCUCAGAUUACAGAAUUUUCUUGUUUAA